AUGGCGUUCUCGUCAAUCUUCCAGAACGAGGUGUUCUUCCUCAGCCCGACUCUUUCGUCCAUUACUCGAGACUGCUUAUAUCGAGUCAUCAUGGCGGGAGGCGGCACGGUCAUCAGCGACGCGUCGCGCCACGCGUCGGCGAUCAUCGUGAAAGCCCACGGCAGCACGGACCAAUCGCAGCCGCCUUCGCAUUCGUCAAAUCGCGUCGUCUCGGCGCACUGGGUGUACAGGUCGCAUCAAGAGAAUCGUUUAAUCGACCCUUCAUCCCAUCUCGCUCUCCGUCCCCUCCCCUGCACGAUCCCCCUUCCGGGAAUAAAAUCCCUCCGAUUCUGCGUCUCGCUUUACGGCGGCACGCGGCGCACCAACAUCCGCUGUCUCUGCAUCGCGCUCGGCGCGAUUCACACGGAGAAGCUGGACCGUCGGAUCUCGCAUCUCGUUUGCUCAGCGGCGUCCGGCGAAAAGUACGAGCGCGCGAUGCGGUGGGGUAACGUGGCGGUGGUUACCGAGGAGUGGCUGCACGCGUGCGUGCGAGCCAAUGGGAUCGUGCCAACUGGACCGUUUCACCCUCCGCCGCCAAGUCUCAGCCAGCUGGAAGGGGGCCGGUUUCCCGUCACCCAGGGGGGCGCGCAAGCCGCGCGGAGGGGAGAGGGCGCGGGGACAGGGGACGCUUCGGCAAAGGGAGAGGCCGCAGGGGGUGGAGAAGCCGCGGGGAGCGGAGAGGCUGCGGGGAGGGGGGAGGCUGCGGGGGAGGGAGAGGCUGCGGGGAAGCGGAAGGCUGAGGGGAAGGUAUGGGGGAAGUUGGAGUUUCUGGGGCAAGGGGAUGGCGCGGGGACUGGCCAAAUCUCACAUGGAGGGGGUUUUGUAGGGAUACCGGCACCAGAGAACGUUGCAGGGGCAAUAGGGGGAGUCUCAAGUGUAGCAAGGGUAAGAGAGGUGGUAGAACGAAGAGAUGCUGUGAAAGCAGUUGCGAAAUCGGCGGAUGAAGGAAGGGGAUGGAAGGAGCCGGAUCAAAUGGAGUGGAUGGCGAAAACAGGGCGAAAUGAGUGGCUGUCUGGGGGUGAUGGGGUUACCAGGAACGGCGACAGGGGUGAUGGGCCAGUGCAUGAGGGGAAUGGGGAUCAUGGCGUUAAGGUAAGCGACAGGACUGACGGAGAUGUGCAGGCGAGGAAUCAGAAAAAUCAGGAGAUUGAGGAGCAAGAGGGGAAUGAGGGGAAUGAGGGGAACAUGAGGAAGAGAGCAAGGCAGAUGGAGGAGAAAAGAGAUUCUGCAGCAGAAGGAGCAGCUGUGAGGAUGGUGGGAGAUGGCGUGGUGGUGGGUGCGGAAAAGAGUCGAGUUGUCGACCCGGCCCAUCCCAAUGCUCGUACUGCCUGUGUGUCCGCCCCUGGCGUAUACACUUCUGCUGACGCAACGGUGAUAGGAAAUUCAGCGAGCAGAGGAGGGGAAGCUGCGGGCAGUGGAAGGACCACGGUUGCAUCUGACUCUGACAGGUCCAAGAAGGGUCUCCUUGGGCGGGCUGGGCCUGACGGUGGUGAUGAGAGCGAUCUUGAUACGAAUGGAGGUGGGAGGUCUUACUGUGACACUGCCAGAGGGGAUUGUGAUGGGCAUGGGAAGGGUAUGGAGGAUGCUGGCAACCAUCCUGGUCCAAAUACUGCUGUUGGCGGUGCUAGCGAAGGCACAGCAGGGGAUGGUGCAGGGGAGGGAGAUGGAGCAGGGGAAUAUGCAGGCGGGGGAGAUGGAAGAAGGGUUGAUGCAGCAGGGGCAGAUGCGGCAGGUGCUGCGGAUGAACUCGGCAAUGAGGGGGAUCUGGCGUCGGCCAUUGAGAAUCUUAUCACCUCCACCUCUGGGAUGAAUGGGGAGAGGGCGAAUUCUGCUCUUUACCCCGAUAAUGGCAGGAGCUUCCACAGCAGUAGCCAGGGGAGUCACAAGGGUGUCCCUGGACCUGUGUCUGUUGACCCAGCCAAGGGAAUUUCUCGGAAGGUUCCGCUUUCUCAGAUUAAGGGGCAGGCACUGGUGCUGUCACAUCAGGUUCGAGUAAAGAAUGGGGUGGGCGUGGGAAUGGGGUUUGGAGCUGGGUUGGGAGCGGUGCUGACAGGUAAGGUGCACUGUGGGAGCACAGAGCAGCAUGGGAGGCAAACUGGGGUUGCUCGUUCAGAGGGAUGUGAUAAGGCCCGCAACAAGUUGACAGGAGGUGGAGGGGACUUAGCAAACGAGGAGGCUUCAAAGAGUGAGCUUAGCGGUGCAGGUGGGAGUGAGGUGGGGGGGAGGGAUAGUGUGGGGAUUGACAGUGGUGGGAUGGAUCUGCUUCUGAUGACCCAGCCAGCUUCGGAGGUCGUUUCGUAUUCGUGCCGUGACGGGCACAGGGAAGCGGUGAUAGCACAGGUGAAGGAGCAUGUGAGGAGACUCAAGAGCACUCUCAUGGCUCCUCGUGUUCUCCUCCUUGCGGCACUGGUACUCCUCGCGGUGGCUUUCACACCAGCUAUUCAGCCAGCGAACGCACAGAUUUCGAUUCCUGGCAUUGGCGACGUCACCGUUGGCAACGGCACGAUAACACUUCCAGGCGGUACUACUAUUGGCCCGAAUGGCACGAGCAUUGGCGGCGGUGGCGGCGCUGGCGGUAUCACUACCACCUCUGACGGGGGUGUGACCAUUGGUACCACCACGUUUUAUCCGAACGGCACGUAUGUUACCGGCGACGGCCAAGUAGUCAGCUCACCAGUUCCGUCCAAAAACCCUGACGGAUCUUAUUCGGUUGGCGGUACCACCUUCUAUCCCAACGGGACGAUCGUCGGCUCUGAUGGGAAAGUUGUCAAUACUGGCGGGUUGCCGAUCCCUGGGUUCAACAACUCCGGUGGAGGGAUACAGAUCCCAGGCAUGCCGAAUGUGACGGUCCCAGGCAUGCCAAAUGUGUCGAUCCCAGGCAUGCCAAAUGUGUCGAUCCCAGGCAUGCCAAAUGUGACUGUCCCAGGCAUGCCGAAUGUGUCGAUCCCAGACAUCCCCUCCUUUAAUGGCACUUCUGGCGGCGUCACUGUCAACCCUGACGGGAGUGUGACCAUUGGUUCCACCAAGAUAUAUCCAAACGGCACGUAUGUCACCAGCGACGGCCAAGCAGUCAAUCCAUCCAGAAACCCAGACGGAUCUGUGACGGUCGGCGGCAUGAACAUCUUUCCCAAUGGGACAGUCAUCGGCUCUGAUGGGAAGCCUGUUAAUCCUGGCGGGUUGCCGAUCCCAGGGUUUCCUGGAAUCCAGAUUCCAGGCCUCACGCCAAGUUCCCCUCCCCCUCCUCCGCCCAAGCCUGCUGGUUUCAUUGCAACACCUGCCCACCUAGUGACAGGGUUCAUCUCACUGCUCGCCACUGUGCUAUUCUUUGCAUAA